AUGAUGAAUACGCUUUUGGAUAAUGUGAGCUUUGGUCACGGUAGCGAGACCUGUGCUUCGUUAACUGAUGGAGAUGAUGUUCAAGAUGAGCAAUUCAGUCUGUGUUGUCUCUGUGGAAUGUCAUUUACCACAAUACGAUCGCUGCACCUCCACAUAAGAGUUGUGCAUCAAGAAGUGGCUGACGCUUUCGAAUUUCCGUUCUCACUCGACACAUCUUCCCGAAAUGAUAAUGACAUUCCAUCGAGCUCGAUAGAACUCCAAUCUCUGUCAGAAAGUUCCGCCAGACCAGGACAAUCCGCCUCUUGCGAGAUCUGUAAAAAGUGUUUUCCUGGGCAGGCAAGUCUACGAGUUCACAAUGAAUCUAUGCAUCUCGGCAACAAAAACCCACAGUGCACAAUAUGUUUGAAAAAAUUCUCCACCCUAUCCUACUUGCGAAUGCAUAUCGCAACUGUCCACGAAGGCGUUAAAGCCCAUUCUUGCUCCAUAUGUGACAAAAGCUACACUCAGAAGCAUUCACUCAAGAAACAUCAAAUCACUGCCCACCCAGAUUAUUUUAUCUCCAUGGAAGACGCAUCACCGUCCCACGGACCUCAAAAUCGAAGAACUCCGCAUACUGUCACCGCGGCCUACACGUACAAUGCUGUCAGCCUCUUGCGAGGACUUUACUCCUCUGAUAGCCGUACACUAUAUCAAAUUAGCCAUAGUCAUCUCUCGCUGAAGCCCUGCUUUCCCUCUCUGUUGAUGUUUGUUGUGUUUCCAAAACACGCAUACCCCACUUUGUGCACCUCAAGCCGGUUAGGACGAGCUCAGAUGUUCCACAUUUUACCGCCUCAGGUAUUCUGUGAUCCUGGCUCAGCUGAAAGUGCCUCACUGGACUGGAUCCCAGUAAACAGUCUUCUUUGCGCUGUGAGUUGUCUAACUCGUUUAAGAUCAAUGCAAAUCGAUGCGGUAAAUUGCGUUUAUUUUUCACAUCAGCAUACGCCCCAACACUGCAGUUCUGAGACUAAGGAGGACGGGUUUUGUCAAUAUCUGUCACGACUGAUCCAGCCAGCAAGAAAAACGGAUAGAAUAAUCUUGGCGGGUGAUAUGAAUGCCGGAGGUGGACGACGGAGUCCGGAGGAAGCACAGUUAGGUGGCUGA